AAUGUCACUCAAACGUCAUAGUUGUGAUUUGUUUUUGUUUUUAUAUAAAAUCUAUUGAAAUUGCAAAAGAAAAAGUAUAAAAAAAUUAUUAAUAAAAUUUCUAGCACAGCAUUAAACUUCUCAUACGCCUCAUAAUGGUUAAAGUUUGGAAACUAGGUUUGAUGAGUUACGACACUGCCUUAAAAAUUCAACUAGCAGUCGCCCGAAAGCACUUGGAUGCUUUAAUGAAGGGACAAGACGGUAACUACGACACGCUUUUGCUCGUGGAACACAAACCAGUCUUCACUGUUGGAAUCAGAGAUGAGACAUCAAACAAUGAAAUUAUGAGACUGCGAGGUCUUGGAGCAGAGUUCAGGAAGACGAACCGUGGUGGACUCAUAACAUUUCAUGGUCCUGGCCAGCUAGUGGCCUACCCUGUAAUAAACUUGAAGCACUUCAAAACCAGUGUGAAGUGGUACGUGCAGAGCUUGGAGGAAACCGUUAUCAAUGUCUGCAGUGAGCUAGGAAUAAAGGGAACCCGCUCUCCAUACACUGGUGUAUGGGUAGAUGAUAAUAAAAUUGCAGCCAUCGGAAUCCAUGCGUCCAGGUAUGUGACAACUCAUGGGAUCUCGAUCAACUGCGACAAUGAUCUGUCAUGGUUUAACAAUAUUGAUCCUUGUGGCAUAGAAGAUAAGGGUGUCACUUCACUAACUAAAGAAUCGGGAAUAGAAUGCACUGUUGAGAAGAUUACACCCAUAUUCCUCAAAUGCUUUAACAAAGUAUUUGGCUGUGAAACUGAGGAUAUUGAUCCAAAAAUGCAAGAAGAAAUCUUGAGCAGUAUCUAUAAUAAACUACUGGUAAAUAACGUAAGUGCUUAGCAAAAAAUGCAUAUUUAGUGUUUGACAUUGUUACCUGUCUUUAUAUCUGAAUUGUUAGAAUCUAUUAGGAAAAAUUGAUCUAGUGAUAGUGUUAGUAAGUAUUUAUUAUAACCUUACUAUUUUGGAUGGCAAGUACAUAAUAAAAAAAAAAGAUAAAUUUGUA